UAUGAAUGACAUCCAAUGCAAAUGGCGUUGACGAAUUCAUAGUUGAUUUCAAGUUUGCCCUGUGUUUUCUCGCACAAUUUCUGAGUGCAAGUCGUUACACAGAAGAAGUUACGGCAAAUAGAAUCAAUUCGUGGUUUCUUAAUGGAACGUGUCAAGUGUGUGGUCUAAUUGAGUCGCCUAUCCACAUCCAGCGAUUGAAAACGUAGCGUGUAAAGUGCCAAAGGAUCUGUUAAGGACACAUUUUCUUAUUUACAGAGUAGCCUUGUAAAGGGGCCUUUAUCGAGGCGGAAGAAUGUCGUAUCCAGGUAGGCCGCCUAUAAUGCCUGGACUGUCGGUGUAUGCCCUGCCCAUUGGGGCCCCACCAACCACUCUCAUGGCUCCAGUGAUGCCCAUUCAACAUAUGGUACCUAUACAGGUAGCUGGAGGACCCCAGAUCAGAGGUUAUCCCAAGCUGAACACUAAUAGAAACGAACAGAAACGAGAGGGUCCUGCAGUUACAGUGUUCGUUGGCAACAUAACUGAAAGAGCCCCCGAUACCAUGAUAAGGCAGAUCUUGGCAGCUUGUGGCCACGUUCUCAGCUGGAAGAAGGUGAAAGCGUUUGGAUUUUGCGAAUUAGCUGGACCAGACGCGGGACUACGAGCAGUCAGGCUGUUGCAUGACCUAAUGGUUCAUGACAAAAGACUAGUGGCCAAAGUAGAUGCCAAGACUCAAACAAUAUUAGACGAAUAUAAAGCUGAGCGUCAGAAAAAGCAAAUAUCUUCACCUUUGCAAGAUGAGCCAGAAGAUGAACUUGACGAGGAGACUCAAUAUUUGGAUGCUCUCUCCAAAGAGCGAAUCAAACAGAUUUUGAAUGACUACCAAGAGGAGAUGUCUAAUUAUGACCACAAAAAAGAAGUUAUGACCACGUGGAACAAAGUCCUUGCCGAGGCCGAGGUGGAGGAAGAGAAACGCGACCUCAUUAGCAGGGAAAUAGGAAAGUUCAGGGAAAUUAUGAAGAAACAAGAGGAGGAGCGCGAGGUUAAAAAGAAGGAGAGAAAUCGCGAUCAGGGCCGGUCCGUGUCACGAUCCCCUACCCCCAAACGCAAAGAUAAAGAAGAUCGAAAGAAAAAACGAUCUCGGUCCAGAACUCAUGAUCGUACCCAUGACAAAAGUCGUGACAGAGAUAGGGACCGGGAGCGGGAACGAGAACGCGAGAAAGAACGAGAACGGGAACGGGAGAAGGAGCGCGAAAGAGAAAAGGACCGUGAACGCGAACGGGAGCGUGAAAGAGAACGAGAGAAGGAAAAGGAACGCGAUAGGGAAAGGCUGGACAAACUUAGCACCAAGGAACUGUUGCGUGAAAAGGAAAUGGAAGAGGAAUCGAAAGAGAAAAAAAAGGCGGAGCGGAGAGCUCGAGAAAAGGAAGCUGCUUACCAGGAGAGGCUGCGAAUGUGGGAGACGAGAGAGCGUCGGAAAACCAAGGAAUAUGAAAAAGAGCGCGAAAGAGAGCGCCUCAAAGAGGAAGAACGUGAACGCGAUGCCAAAAGGCUUAAAGAGUUUCUAGAAGACUACGAUGAUGAACGAGACGACGUCAAAUACUACAAGGGUCGGGAGUUGCAAAAACGGGUCGCUGAACGCCUCAAGGAAGUAGAUUCUGAUACUAAGGACAGAAUGAAAGAGAAAGAUGAAAUGGAAGAUCUUCGUAAGAGGAUAUUCGCCGAAGAUCACGUAGACCCCAAUGAAGCAUUUGAAAAGGCGAAGAAAGAGCGUGAGGACCUUUACAAGCCGAAACUCCUCAUCGAUGUUAAUUUGGAACACUGGAAGCAGAAGGAGCGAGAAAAGGAAAGAGAAUUGGAAAGGCAAAAGGCGAGGGAAAGGGAGAAACUGCGCGAGUUGGAGCGUGAUCGGCGACAUCGGGAAGAACGCGAAAAGUACCUUGUUGCACAAGCAGCGAAAGAACUGGAGGCAGUCGAAGCCGAGCCAAUCGACAGUGAUAGCGACAUGGACACGAACCACUACAGCCCUCCAGUCCCCGAGCCCGACAUGGAAUCCUGUUCGAACGACAACUCUGAUUCCGCUCAGUGGACUCAAAUCCAAGCCCCCGAUGAAGACUCAAGACAAUCGUUCUCAUCGCCAGUAGAGUCUGUUCAUCAAGCACCGAUGAAAAUAACUCUAGCAAAACCAGUUGCAUUAAACAACGCACUGUCGCCAGGCCAGAGAAAAAAGAAACUGGAUCUUAGAGACGUCUUCAAUCCGGACGAGGACGACAGUAGUGCACAAGUCAAAAAACGAAAGCUAGUUCCUUUGGAUUAUAGCGAAGAUAAAAAAUCGAAAAGGGAAAAGGAGAAUGGCGAAAAGAAGGGUGAAGAAGCAAAAUCUCAGGAAGAAAAGCGCAAGAACAUAAAGACACUGAUUGAGAAAAUACCGACAGAAAAAGAAGCUCUGUUUGCGUACACCUUGGACUGGGCGCAAAUCGACAACGGUCUAAUGGAGAAGCGAAUCAGGCCCUGGAUUAACAAAAAGAUCAUCGAAUAUAUUGGAGAACCCGAGCCAACACUUGUCGACUUCAUAUGUAACAAAGUACUAGCGGGUUCGUUACCGCAAACUAUUUUGGAAGACGUACAAAUGGUGCUUGAUGAAGAGGCCGAAGUAUUCGUUGUAAAAAUGUGGAGGCUACUCAUUUACGAAAUUGAAGCGAAAAAACUGGGACUCGUCAAGUAAACCGAUACAAUGUUUGUCGGUAUUUUAUAUUUAUAUUUCUUACUGUCUCAGUUGAAUGCAUUGAAUAAACAUUGAUCAAUACUCGUA